CAUGUAAUGAAAACUGAGCAGUAGUAUUUAAUAUUUUUCAUAUUAGACAGACAUUUGAAGUUUACAAAUACGACGAAUCCAUAGUUGGAGCUAAUGCCUGCUACUGUUUGUAUUAAGGCUGGUUGUUGGCUGUCAGACGGACUGGGUGUUUUGGUUUUAUGUGUGCUGGGUGCUUGACUGACUGAGUGACGACGAUGAAUAGAAUUUUAAAUAGAAUUGCAACGACUCAGCAGCUAAUAAGAACCCCGAAACGUAUACAAAAUAUUAAAAAGUUAUAUUAAUUGUUUAUUGAACAAGAAACAAAAAAUCAAAUAAAAAUAUUUACAAAAAUAAGUGGCAUAUAUUAAAUAAUGAAUACAUAAAAAUCAUUAAUAAAAAGAUAAUCUUCAAAUUUUACAAUAAAUCAUAAGCGCACAUCACAUUCCAAAUUUAAUUUACUUCAAAGCCCUACUUUACGCACAACACAACAAAAUGGGUAAGGACCAAGAAUUUCUAGAGGCUGCACGAAGUGGCAAUAUUUCAUAUAUCGAAAAAGUACUUAAUCAAAAAGCCAAACGUGCUGGACCCUUGGCAAGUUUAAGGCGAGGUACCGGAGUAAAUGUACAAGACAGUGGAGGCUAUUCAGCGUUACAUCAUGCCUGCAUUAAUGGACAUACCGAUAUUGUAAAAUUACUAUUGGCACAUGAAGCCUCACCAAAUUUACCCGAUAUGAGGGGAUCAUCUGCCCUACAUUUAGCUUCAUGGGCGGGUGAAGAAGAAAUUGUCAAAAUGCUAUUGACACAUCCCUAUAGACCAGCAAAUCCCAAUCUACAGACCAUAGAGAAAGAGACACCCUUACACUGUGCCAGUCAACAUGGUCACACGGAAGUAUUAUCAAUGUUAUUGGCUCAUGAAGCCGAUCCUAAUAUGAGAAAUACCAGAGGUGAAACACCAUUAGAUCUUGCCUGUCAAUAUGGACGUUUGCAGGCAGUACAAAUGCUUAUUCGUGCUCAUCCUGAAUUAAUAGCUCCAUAUACGAAACAUGCUACUGAAAAUCAAGUUAACAAUAGAUCAAGACACUCAUCACCUUUACCACACUCUGGUUCAAUAUCAACACCAUCGCCCUCCUCACCAUCGGUUCUAUCAUCACCAGCUACACCAACACGUUGUGUAUUUCCACACACUUGUCUACACUUGGCCAGUCGUAAUGGCCACAAACAAGUCGUAGAGGUUUUAUUAGGGGCCGGUGUAAAUGUCAACUUAUUAACGCCCUCAGGUUCAGCAUUACAUGAGGCAGCCUUGUGCGGCAAAGAGUCUGUGGUGCGUACAUUAUUGAAAGCUGGUAUUGAUCUUAAUGCCACAGAUGCUGAGGAGCGUACUGUUUUGGAUAUACUUAAGGAGUUUCCAGCACAUGUAACCAAACAUAUAAUCGAUGUCAUAAAUAACUUUCGUAAUCAAAUGGAUACGGAUGAUAGUGAAGAGGUCAUCUACCGCCACCAGCAGCCACCUCAGAUAGGUCAACGUAAUAAUACCUCUGGUGGUCAUUAUCAAAAGCAACAACAUAAUAAUCAUUAUCAUUUUAAUUCCAAUAAUCAUUUACUUAAUCAUUCGCUGUCGAUGCAACAAUCUUCCUACAACAAGCAGAGAUUUAGUUCCGGUGCCACAUUCAAUGGUGGUGGCAAAUCUUUAGAUAGUGGUUUACAAUUGGAUGAAAAUUCUCCAGGUACGGGUGGUGGUGGCAGUGGUGGUAAUAAUCGUUUUUAUCAUGAUACUUUAAAUUCGCCUGUGCGCAGUCAAUCGAAUACUUCACAAAAUGAUAUGGGUGUUAGUCCUUCCUCAUCGAUGAGCAGUUUUGAACCAGCUUCAAUUUCACCAAGAUCUAGGUGUUCGACUGGCGGCGUUUCUAGUUUCGUGGGAAAUCCACCACCAAUGAGCAGCUUUGGACCUGGAGGACCACCUAAAAAACCACCGCGACGUAAUCUAUCGGUAUCACCCACAAAUAGUGGACAACCAUUUAGUUACACUUCACCCAAUCAUCAACAACAGAAUAACUAUGGCAGAAGACAAACUCGAAGUCCAUCAAAUGACAGUCCCUAUUCACAUCAAAGUCAUGGUAGUGUGGGAGGAAUAAGUUUUGAUGAAUCACAACUAACGGAGCGUCAAAGAGGAAAUCGUUUGUUUGCUAGUGCCCGGGAGACGGCGCGGACAUCGGGAGGAAUAUCGCUAAGCUCAAGUACUGACAUGUUGGAGAAACGUCAUCAUAGUGAUGAUGUUGAGAAUUUAGUGCCAAAUUCAAAUCAGGAAAUCACCAAUUCAAUGAAGAGACCAAAACCAGCACCAAGAAAUAUAAAUAAUAUUAAUGAGGUUACAAUAAGUAAUGACAACGGUACACUGAAAUCAUACAAUCCAAAUCGUAAAUUGAAAAGGAAUCGCAAUAGCUACUCCAUAACUUUGGGUGAUAAAGAUGAAAAGGGAGAUGAAAAUAAGCCUCAAAUACCCAAAAGUCCUACAAAUUAUAAACAACCACCCACGCCCGAUCAUCCUCCUCCCUCCUCUAGUCAGGCGGAGAAAAUGAUACACGAACGCAUAAGACCUUUGAGUCAAGAAUACAAACGGCGAUCAGCACUUUUGCAGUUGCAAAAACAACAACAAUUAUUGGUUGACAUGGGUACUUCACCACUAAGGCAAAUAAACAACAAUAUCAAUAAUACCAAUACUAAUCUAACAUCACACUAUGAUUACGCCUACAUACAACCUUCACCCACUAAACUUAAUACCAACACUGUUUCAUCUAACAUCUAUUCCACUAUUGGUUCAGGAGGCAUUAGAGGUUCUAUGGGUUCCUUAAGUUCUAGUGUUUCUCUAUCUGAUCACAGUGGUUCCACCGAAAAUGUAGAAGAAUUUAUUGGCGAUCAACCAUUUGCGGGCCUCUUAAAAGGUUCAGCUGCCCAUAGUAGUAAUAAACAAAAAAUUGAACCAGCAUAUGCAACGGUUAAUAAAGCCUCCAAAAUUAACCCACCUCAAGUCCAACUACCACCACCUAGACCACAACAACAACUGCCUCCACAAGCUCAGGUGCCCGUUUAUGCAACCAUACAUAAAAAACGGGGUAUAUCGACAACAGCUCAAGCUGCAGAACAGCAAAAUGUUAAUAAGGCCAGACCUCCAAUACCUGCCAAACCAGUUGUACCCGAGAGAAGGCUAUUCAAAGCCCCAACACCACAACUGCCCACAGCAGAGCCCCAAGAAACAACGACUGACUGUAACAACGAAGUAGAAACUCAAGAUCAUGAAAUGAAAAAUGACACCGAAGAUUUGUAUGAAGACAUAAUGGAACCAAAGACAAUUGUGGAAAAUAAUGUUAGUAAAUUAAACGAAGUUAAGCAGGAGUCUCAAGAAAAACCAAACAGUGAUAUUUUAAGUCAUCAAAGUUCCAUCAAUAGUUCUUCGAAUGAAGAACAAUCACAGUUGACUUCGUCACAACCCACUAAUGAAAGUUCCAAUGAAGAUACAAGUUCCAUAGCCAAUAACUCGACAACAUCACAUGAGAGUAGUAUACUAAGUCCUUUUAAUGCCGAAGAAGCUAGAAAGAAAAUCUCCGAAAUUCUAGAAUCAUUUGGCAGUAGUAUACUAAAUUCGGAUAUUUCUCCCACUAAUGAUUUGGAUUUCGAUGAUACUGAAAUACCAGUGGAGAGACAAGAACUAGUAAGUCGUUUAAGAAAAUCUGGUUUAAUACAUUUGGAAAAGAAACUAUUCGAGCAGGGUUAUGAUAAUGUUAAAUUUAUGAAUGGUGUGUUGGAGGAAUCCGAUAUAGAGUGUUUAAAUAUAUCCCAGCAAGAUGCUGCCAAAUUACAGAGAUUUAUAAAAACUUUACCUAAAGCUGAAUUUUUACCACUAGUUCCACAGAAAAAUCAACAGGAAAAUAAAUCUCUAACAGAACUAAAAGGUGUUUCAUCUCUACAACAAUGGCUUCAAAGUAUACAAUUGCCACAAUAUAUUGAAUCGUUUAGCAAACAUCUCUACAACACUUUGGACAGUGUUUGUGGCGUUUGGGAUGUAGAGUUACAAACUGUAUUGGAAAUCAAUAAACUGGGUCAUCGUCGUCGCAUUCUUCAGUCGAUAGCGUUUAUUAAAAAUAUGCGUGAACCCAAAUCUGCCAAAACUCCUCUGGCUGAAAAUAAUGAGACCAAUAAGAUAUCUUUAAAUGUCACCACCAAGGAUGGCACUCAAAGGCAAUCAAUAACUGGUUAUCGUAAAAACAGACCUGCUCCUCAACCUCCUACUCAGAAGGCAACACAACAAACUCCUACAGCUCAAACAUCUUUGGAUAUACGUGCUCCUUCGGAGUUACUUUUAGGUUUACCUGACAAUUUGCGCACAAAAUGGCGUCAUUCUGCAAAUGAUUUGCUCAACGCACAAAUAAAAUAUGAAGUUUAUUAUUUAGGCUCAACGGUUGUGAAAGAAUUACGUGGCACCGAAUCGACACGCAAAUCCAUACAAAAAUUAAAACAAGAUCAACAGCAUAAUACGGCUGCUGGUGCUGCUGCUAACACUGCUACCAAUAUGUUAAUGUCUUCCCAGUCAGAAACCAAUGCUGCCCGUAAUCAAUCAUUUAAUAAACAAAAACGUAUACUAGUGUCAUUGGCCAUCUCGCAUAGAGGUGUAGAGUUUAUAGAUGUGAAUAGCAAGAACACCAUUUGUGAACAUGAAAUACAAAAUAUAAAUUGUGCAUGUCAAGAUGCAGAAGAUCUACGACAUUUUGCCUAUAUUACCAAAGAAAAUGAUGUUCACUAUUGUCAUGUUUUCUAUGUAGAGAGUACGGACUUGGCUUCCGAUAUAAUAUUGACUUUGGGUCAAGCAUUUGAGGUGGCCUAUCAGUUGGCAUUGCGUGAUGGCAUUACAGCCACACCAUUGGCCUCUUUAAACAAUAGUAUACUACAAGGUCUUGAAUUUAACAAUCAACAGACAUCGAUCAAUACUAAAACUCAAGAAGCUACUUAUGAACAAGAUCUCUUUCAUUCUACAUUCAUUGUUGACAUUUGGUCGUUAUUAAGGAAAAUUUGUCUUUUACAUCAAAAUUAAUACAGAGAUUUAGUACAACCAUCUAGUAAAAUAUUUACUAAAUUUUUGUUGAAAUUAAACGGACACAUUCACUACACUGCAAAAUUAACAUAUAUAAUUUAAUUUUAUACAUAUUUAAUAGGUAAGCAGUAGGGUAUUUUUUACGUUUUUUUUUUUUUGAUUUUAUGGAAUGCGUUUAAUACUUGAUAUAAUAAGAUAAUUUAACGUUGAAAAUUUUUGUUUAAUUGUUUAUAAUUAUACAAUACUAAGUCUUGCUGAUUUUUGAUAUACAGGAACAUUGAACAUUGAGCUCAAAAGCCCCAUUCGGCGUGUACGGUUGUAUUGAGGCACAAGGUUUGCAUGAACACACGGACGGAUGGAUAGACGGACGGAUUUCGUGAUUUUAAGCCGAUUGGGAUACUUAAAUGUGGGUGUAGCACCCAUAAUUUUUGGAUAUAGAUCCCAGCAAAAAUAUAACGAAGUACUUCCAAAAGAAUAACAUUUGUCACUCCUUCAAAAGUAGCUCCAUUUUUUUUUUAAUUUCUAUGGAACUAAUGUUUAUUGACUUCCAAAGAAGCGAAAAGAAUCUAAUUUUUGUUUUUAAAUUGAAGGUAUAUUUUUUUGUACUUGAUUUUUUUCAUUAAACCAAUUUAACUUUCGCGUUAAUUGAUAAAUUUAUUUAUAUAUGUUAAUAUCAUUUCAAUCAAAUGAGUUGUAUUCUAUAAUACUAAAAUUUCAUUUCCUCAAAACUUCCAACAAAAAAAGAACAUACAAAUUACUUCCUGAGAAUGACUUAAGAUGUAGUGAAUUUGGAAUUAAAGAAAAAGGACAUCCCUCCUAUGACAAGCCUGUGUUAAAAUCAUCACUUAUUCAAGUUCUUUUUUACUUCUAUUUCGUUUCUUUGGAAGUUCUUUUUUUGCUGAGUAUAGUAUUUACAAAAUUAUUUCUUUGAGAAUGAUUCACCUAUGAGCAUUCUUUUAAAAAUCACAUUGAAACAAUCGUUUCCAUACAAUAUCCUUAAGAAUUUUGUAAUGUGUCCAUAAAAUAUCAGGUUCUUCCGCUAAGGCCUUAUAACCGUAGAUAUUCUGUUUAAUAUAUACAUAAUACACUCCGCACUAUUUUGGUGUAGGGUAUAAAUAGUCUUAGCAAUACUUUUUGUUAAAAUGGGCUUUCAGAUCUCAUCGUACUUGUUCUCCUUUAAGAGAACUGCUCUCCUUCUAAGAGCGACUUGGGGCUUUCUUAGCUUAGUCUGGUGCCUUCGUCACGCUAGAAACGAUUUCCCAAAACUUAUCUACCACAGCUUGAAAUUUGAAACAACCUUUCUUGUCGUUUUAGCGAAUUCAUUUUCCUAAUAACUCACUAAAGUUGGAUAUAAAGUCUGCUGCAUUAUUUGGUACAAUCGUCCUUGUCAUUUUAACAAAGGUACCAUUGAGAGCAUUUUUAGCGAAAUUAUUUUUCCUAAAACUCACCAAGGUUGGAUAUGAAGUUGUAGCUAUGCAAUUGGGUUUUUUCUCUUGGCGGCUAGAAUAGGGCAUUCGUUCGUUAAGAAAUGAAACAUCGUUUCUUUCUUGUCUCUUGUCUUUUCAACUGCGACAGUAUUCUUUAAAGGGGAACGAACACAAGCAGGUCUGCAUGCAUAGACUUACCCCAAUAUUAUUCACCUAUUCCGAGUUAUAAACUAUUAGAUAAGAUUCUCAUUAACAAGAGAUCACCUUAACUUCUCUAAAAUACAUGUGUCAUGAUUAUUCCAUUUAUUUUUAGCAUUUUGGAUAAAAAACCAACGAAGUUGUUACAUAAACAUAUUUCGAGAUAUCCAAAAGCAGAUUUCGUUCUGUCUAGCUCAUGUGCCUGCUCAUUGGCAAAGUAGUUUCAAUGCGAAUAAGAGGAAGGUUGUGAUUUAGUUUAAUAAAAGAAGUGCCACGUGGCUAUGGGCCAAAAUUCCUAUUUUCACUAUACUUAGCGUUAUCUUUAUUAUGGUCUGAAGGAUCGGAUAGCUUCAUACCGGUGCGCAGACAGUUACCGCUUCAAUAUCAUUUACCACACCACUCGUCGGUUGUGUCGAUCGAAACACCUUUACCCUUGAGUCCGUCCCUUGAAGAAUAGCAAAAUCCGCCUUCUGUAAUUUGUUCAGAAUCUUCUUCCACCACCUUGUUCAGUCUAACCAUUCAAAUGUAUUUUUGCAUUAUGCAGCUUCAGACUUUCCAACAUCUUUGGAACUUCGAUUGUCAUUUCGGUAAACUUAUUGAAAUUUCCUCUUCUGGCAUCAGCUUAAGAUUUACACCUAAACAUGCCUCACUGAUGUUCACAAAAUAUUUAUAAAGGAAGUCCUACGUGAACUCGUCAUGGCAUUUGAUAACUCCUUGUCUCCAGUGAACCUAAUUGAAAUUAAAACCAGGUACUAUGCUUAUCAUAUUUGCAAGAAAUUGAUCCAUAACCAACUCUGCUAAGUUGGAUUUGAUUCGACCGCACGAGGAGAUGAUCCUUAACCAUCUCCUUAAAGGGUCGUCGGCAAUUGUAGUAGUAUUAGACGAGGGUCCUGAAGAGGUUUUUCCAUCAGUUACCUUUCUUCUUUUAGGCGAUAUACCUCCCUCUUUCUGAGUGCGGUUUGAUUUACAGAAAGUUUUUUGCUGCUUUCUUAGAAGAACUGGCAAAGGUUUCCAAAAACGUUUGAUUUUAAUCAACUCCAACUCAUGUGAAGCGCCAUUAGCAACAAUCUUGUCAAUUUUAACUGAAUGAUCUCUUUUCAUCACAUCUUAAUGAUUGCCUAGUUUAGCGUAUAUCUUCAUUUUAUUUUGUUGUUUAUUUCUAUCACGCAAUUGUCACUGAAUGGAAUGGAUUCAUGCAGUAAUGGAGUACAUGGACAAGACAUAGUAUUACAACUGGCCGGUGUUAGUGACUAAUUUUAUUUAGCCACCUAUUAACCAUUCGCGUUCUCGACACUAAUACCAAGGAAUAUCUUUAAAAUAGGUGAUAGGAUACAUGGGCAAGGAUCUUAGCCCCUUUAACGCACAAAACUGAUAAAUAUGGAUUUUGACAGGCGUUUGACAGCUCCUGGCUUAAUUUACAUAGACAAAAAUAUACAAUUAGCUGUAAGAUUAAUCAAUAGUCUGGCUACAUUCAGGUCCAUAGUCGAAUCAAUAGUUUUGUAGAAAGUCUAGUGUAUAGUCAAUGGACUAGUCUAAUUGACAAUCUUAUUGGAUUUUUAUUCUUCAAUACGUUUAAUAAAAUUGUAGUAUUUACUUUAAACUUCAGUGUCGAUCUGAUAGAGAUUAACUUUAAAUGUUAUGAGUUUAAUUUUUAACGUUUUUUUGUUAUAUCAAGUUUAACGUAAAACCAUUUUAAUUAUUAAAUCACCAUGCUCAGUAGGAUCGGUUUUUUUCUAAAUAAAAGAAACAACAUAAAGCUCUUUAAAACAAGAUAAAAAAACUAUAAAAAAUGGAGACGAUUUAAUAACAACCCCACCAAAUUUAAACAAACCCUUGUAAUAACAAAAGGGUUUAUUAUGCAUUUCUCUGAAAAAUAAACAAUUUUAAAAAAUUUGCAAAAAAAAAUAUUAUCUACUUGAAACAAAAGCAUUUAGUAAAAACCAGUAAAUAAAAACAAUAUUAAACAAUUUUACAUAAAAAAUAUAAUAAAAAUA